AUGGCAGAGCCGCAUCAAGUUCCGCCCGGCGAGGCAUUCAUUCCCGAAAGUUCCACCGAACUGACAACUAUAAGUGAUUUCAGCGACAAUGUCGAGGAUUGUACCGAAGAUGAGUAYAAUGUUGCCCACUCGUUACUCACUGAUUUUCUWGAUCAAUUCAUUCCGGGCCCUCUAACGACAAGCGAAGUUUACGGGAGGUCAAUCGUCGAGUGGUUCAUCAACCCUAGCGGCAACCCAUACCAUAGGCUACCCGAGCUGAUUCGGGACUGCAUGCUGGCUGCUGCGAUUCUGGUUACGGGUAGCGGUCAUUCAACAACCGCUUCUCGMCUUCUCAUCGGGCAGCUUGCUUGGGUGCGCUGCCAAACACCACAACAAACUAUUUGGUCCGACAUCCGUAGGUCGAUUCACUACCAAGAGCAACCUCCUGAUGGAGACGAACUUCUCUCUUGGUGGGAGUUGGAGGAGGCGAGGGACUUCAUGUCGAGGCAGGGCUGUGCUUACGACGAGCAAUCCAUGGAGAUGACAUGCGGCAUUUCUCUGCCACCACCAAGAAYGGAUGUUGCAGCCGUACAAGCUUUGCUUGAUGGUUCAGAUCGAUCCGAACGGAGAGACGACACUCCUCUUCCAUCACCUGAUGCUGACGCUGAGGUUGACAUUGAUGGUGAUGGUGAUGCCACCACGCUGGGAUCCGGCUCCAGCAACACAAAGCUACCAAUCCCAAGCGCCACUUUAUCGGACCAGGGUUCAAACGCAGACCAAGGAGAAGAUAUGACACAGGACGAGGCGGUCGACACAAUGCGAUCACCACCAAGAGCUCGUAAACGGAGGAACCGUCGAACGGGUCUACACGAGUUUCCUGAUCGUGCCAUUGCGAAUGAGAAAGCUCUACCCAUUCAAGCCUCACACAAGGAUACCGCCAUGUCGCCUGAGCCUCAGCCUGCGAGGAGACAGGUUGAAAACAUGAAGAAUGGAAGGAGGGAUAAGGCUCCGAAGGGACAGACUUCAAGAUCGGCAGCAUCUAGGACUGCAAAGUUGACAAUAGGUGGUAAGCAUCCACGGAGAAGAGUGGUUACGACGAAAUCGGGAAACACACUUGUCGUGAAGGAAAACACCUUCAGGUCCAGAAGGGACGAGAGGCACAAGUACGAUUCUGGAAGAGCGGUCGCUCGGAAGAACAACGGACUACUUCUCCCCAAGGCUCCUUUUGACCGCCUUGUUAGCGAGAUUGUCCAGGAUAUAACGCCUGGCACGAGGAUCAGUGCACGUGCGCUGGAGGUGUUACUGGCCCGGACCGAUGCUUUCUUGGCUUUGUUGUUCGAGAGUGCCAACCUCGCUGCGAUACACGCAGGCCGCAUCACGGUUAUGGGGAGGGAUAUGACUCUCGUUCGCCGCUUGGGUGGAUAUUUCACUGAGCCCGAGGCAUCGUGGACAAUUUGA